AUGAAACCUUCGACUCACACAGCAAAAGAACGAGAUCAAAACUUUGAACGGUAUCGACAUCAAAAAGCAUCACGUAAAGAACAAGAACCGGACCGCUCCAAAAAGCGAGGAUGUAUACCUCCGAUUGUUGGUGAAG